AUGGCCACUGUAGCAGCUGAGACUGUGCUUUGGUGUGUCGUAGAUGGAAGCCUGUCAAUGAAUGAUGUGGAGAUCAAGAGGAGGCCGUACCAUCGCAAUUGCGGGUGUGCAUUUCACAAGUUAAAAGGCAACCGGCCGACUGCUUGCUCUCAUCAUGAAAACAUGUCAUUCCCCAAGAGAGAGUUAUCCGGUAAUUGCUCUUUGUCCAUGGCAGCUUCCAAGUUCUCUUCUCAUUCUUCCCUCUUGAAUGGAAAAUCAGAAACAGAGGAUCUGUACAUUCUUGUCGUGACCCUUAAAGUGCUCCUUGUGGCAACAAAACCUCAGAGGAUGGAUAGCACCGGCUCCUUCUCCAUCUUCCUCCUGUAA